AUGGCUCCGCGUACCAAGAGACGACAUCUGACCGAUCUUUCAGAAGAUCAAAGCGAUGAAAUCUGCCGCCCAGCUACUCAGUCUCAGAAAGAUAGUUGGAAUGGAUUCUGUGAGAUUGAAUCGGAGCCUGCUCUGUUCAACGUGAUGCUCCGAGAGUUUGGAGUUAGGGGAGUCAAAAUUCAAGAAGUCGUGUCUCUCGAUCAGGAAAUGAUGGCCUUUCUUAAGUAUGAUCUUGGGCUGAAGAAUGUCCUUUUCUUCUUUUAUUUCCCUCUUCGUCCUCUUCCCUGUUUGGCUAAUCAAAUCUGGGGUAGUAAACCAAUCUAUGGACUAAUCUUCCUUUUCCGCUGGCAAGAAGACGAUACAGACCAGCAGGAACCCAGCUGCCCUGAUGGGCUCUGGUUUGCAAAUCAGACAGCAAGCAAUGCUUGCGCCAGUGUGGCCCUCCUGAAUAUCGUCAAUAAUAUUCCGGAUAUUGAUCUCGGUGAAAAUCUUCAGCAUUUCAAGGAAUUUACCAAGACUUUUACUCCAGCUCUACGAGGCGAUGCUAUUAAUAACUUUGAAUUUGUGAAACGGGUACAUAACACCUUUGCACGCAAGAUGGACAUUUUGAAUGCCGAUUUACAAUUGAAAACUGAAGCCACCUCUAAGAAACGACACAAGGGUCAAGAUACCAAUGACUCAGAUGGUUCUUUCCACUUUAUUGCAUUUAUGCCGGUCAUGGGUCAAGUGUGGAAAUUUGACGGACUAGAAAGGCAACCACAAUCUCUAGGUGAAUGUUCUGAGGAUGACUGGUUGGAGGUGGCCCGACCCAACAUUCUUGACCGGAUGGCCGCAUAUGAAGAAGAUCAGAUUGAAUUUUCUAUCCUAGGAGUGGUUCGGGAUCCCCUCCAUGACUUAAUUCGGCAACUUGCCAUCAAUGUGCGAAGUUUGCAAAUGUUGAAUGCACGAUUGACAUCCUCCGCAACACCGGUACUACCCGAUGGGAUCACGAGUUUAUCCGAAUUCAAAGAGACAGUGCUUGAUUCCGAUCUUUCUUAUGGUCUUGGUCAUGAGGAGAUUGAUGCGGCUGUUGUCCCCGAGAUGACUUCCUCAGAGGCUUCACCAGGAUUCGCCGCGGAACUAGAAGAACUCCGAGAAGCACAGGGCGAGCUCCGAGUCCGAAUUCGAGAGGAGCAGCAGUCUCAACGAAUUGACGAGGACCAUGCGAGGGGGCGGCGGUAUGACUAUGGACCCGCGUUACGGACGUGGCUGCGGUUUCUCGCACGCAAGCAGGUGUUGGCUGAGUUAGUGUAA